CAUCGAACCUGUACGCCUCUACCGCCCCGAUAUUCCUCAUUUUAUUCGAGUAUCAAUGUGAAUAUUGAAAAAAAAAGUGAAUAAAAAAGUUAUGGAUGUUCUUAUUUCAAAAAAGGGGAGUGUGAUGAUCGGGAUAAUUUUAAAAACAUAUUGACGUUCGAAUUUCAAAUCUCUUUUGUUGGCGGCCAGCCUCGUUCGGGACAAUGAUUCGAGUGUUCCUAUUUCUCUUCGGGCUUCACUUGGCGCUGUCGGCUAGAGAGCCCAAGCAGAUAACGGUGCAGAACCAGGGAACUAUCUCUGGCAUGUACAUUACGCGCUUUCGAACAAAGAGGGUGGCUGCGUAUCUAGGCAUCCCCUACGCUCAGCCACCAGUGGAAACCCGAAGGUUCGCGCCACCGGAAUACAAUGAUCUGCCAACAUGGGAAGGCGUGCGAAAUGCUACGACAUACGCACCAGAUUGCAUGCAGAGUGAUAUAAAGAAGGAUGAUAACGUACAAAAUACUCUGAGCAGGCACGACGAGUUGUUUAUGAAGUUGUUGGAGACGCAGCUCGAUGAGCCAAAGAAAAAAGAGUUCUCAGAGGACUGUCUGUAUUUGAAUGUCUAUGUGCCCGACGAAAUCAAGGUGGAGGGCUACCCUGUGAUGGUGUGGUUCCAUGGAGGCAGCUUCGUCCGAGGAAGCCCCAACGACAUGAAUCCAUUCCAGAUUGUCCUGAAACAGAAGGUCAUAUUUGUGUCGGUUGCAUAUCGACUGAAUAUAUUUGGAUUCUUCUCAACACUAGAUAAUGAAGUGCCAGGAAAUUUCGGUCUCCUUGACCAAGUAGCGUCACUAGUUUGGGUCAAAAACAAUAUUGAAAAAUUUGGCGGGGACACUGAAAAUGUCUGCAUAUUUGGUCACGACGCUGGAGCAGUCAGUGUUGGUUUGCAUAUACUAUCAUCAUAUUCUGCCGGUCUCUUUGCAAAAGCUAUUUCUAUGAGUGGAAAUGUCUUAGCACCAGACACAGUAUCGAUAGCCAGGACAGAAAUGAGCACAGUAGAUAAGGUGGCUAGUGCAUUCAGUUGCUUCAGAAAACCAACAUUUCAGCUAUUAGAUUGUUUGCGAAGAGUCAACUUUCAAGCACUUCUAGAUAUUGGUGAACCACUAAAUGAAUGGAAGCCUAUAGUUGACGCAGGAUUUAGCAAUGUUUCUAGUCCAUUUUUGCCAGAGAUACCCAGCAAAAUGUUUAAUGAAGAUAUGUUUGUUCCGGUACCGGUACUGGCUGGCUACACAAAUAUGGAGGAUGCUCUAUUGCUCAACAAAGAUGAUGCAGAAGAUGCAGGAAUAAGUCAAAGAGAGUUCGAUUUGAUGAGAGAAGAAGUUAUCCUUUCAGAUAUUACUAUAGAGAAUGGAUCCUGCUUUACAAACCAACAUCAUAUACAAGACGCUGUUGCAUUUUUUUAUAAACCUAUACCACCAACAACGAACGAAACAGUUUUGAGAAAACAAUUUUUGGAUUUUUAUACUGACAAAGUACACGGGGCUACCACUUAUCAACUUGCUAAACACUUGGGGAAGCAUGCUCCAGUGUAUCUCUACCGAUUUGACUUGAAACCGUUUUCGGAUAUUGCUAAUGAAGGAAUACCAUCAUGGAUUGGUGUUCCUCACAAUUUCGAUUUGAUCUUCACGUUUGGUUUGCCGUACUUGGCAGCUCCAUCGGACUUUAACAAAUGGGAUUACAGAGACAAAAGCGUUUCGGAAAUAAUAAUGAAAAUGUGGACGAAUUUCGCCUGGUACUCACAUCCUACUAAUUCCGGUGUGAUUAUCGAUUGGGAGCCAUUUGAAAUUGAGAAACCAGGGUAUCUUAUCAUAGACAGACAAAAUUUUACUAUGAGCACAACUGAAAAUAUGAAUUACAGAGCUUUUGAAUUCUGGACUGACUUUUACCCUAAAGUAGUUGCAAUUGGAACAAAGUGCUGUCGGGAAGUUCUAGACGAUUCUGGCGCCGACUCAAUUAUAUCACAAUGUGCGAAACAGACUUUGCUAACUUGGUUAUUCAUUUUAGUACUUCUAUCUUAACACUAUACUUCCGUACCUUAUUAACAGAGUUUAAUUUUUUAACUGAAUAUGAGUUAAGUUUAUUUUUGUAAAGUCUAUAAAAAGUUACACUUCGUAGAUAUAAGUUAAUUAUUUAUUAAACUAAAUUU